UGGACAAGCACCGGAGGGGCGAUCCCCCGGAAGUGUCGGCUCUACUGCGCCGCCUUGCUCCGUUUGUUCGGCUUGACAGCAGAAAGAUGGCUGCUACCGCAUCCGAGGCAAGAGGAGCUCACCUAUAUAGGAACAGCAAGGUCUGCUCCCCCAGUCAGGAAGAUAAGGGGCCGCCGUCUCAGCCCCGGGAGAUCAUAAAGCCCUCGAUUACCGAGCUGACCAAAGAGGUGCGCACCAACAUCCUCUGCACGGUCGAAGGAUGCGGGAAAAUCCUCCCCAAUACCCCUGCGCUCAACAUGCAUCUGGUGAAGUCACACAGGGUCAAGGAUGGCCUCAUCAACCCUACGGUCAGGAAGGAUAUGAAGGGAUCACAGAAACUCUACUGCUGUCCGAUAGAAGGCUGUCCCAGAGGACCAAACCGACCGUUCUCACAGUUUUCCCUGGUUAAACAGCAUUUCAUGAAAAUGCAUGCAGAGAGGAAGCACAGGUGUGCCAAGUGCAGCAAUUGCUACAGCACAGAGUGGGACCUGAGGAGACAUGCUGAGGAUUGUGGGAAGACCUACCACUGUACCUGCGGCUGCCCCUACGCCAGCCGGGCAGCCCUUCUAUCCCACAUCUACAGAACAGGUCAUGAGGUGCCAACUGAGCACAGAUAUCCGCCAGUCAAAAAAAGAAAGAUGGAGGGAUUAACUGUGGGUUCUACAAAAGUCAAACUUACAGAGCAGCCUUGUCCAUUGGAGAAAGAGUUCCACGCAGCAAUUCCCUCUGCUGAUGGAGUAUCCAAGUCUGAUACAACCAACCAGAACCUCAGUCCAAGUAAAGGUAUUCCCAAGCUCCUGCUCCCAAAGCCUAAGGUUGCACUGUUGAACGUACCAGUGAUGCAGUUUGCACAUGUGCCAGUUCUCCUGUCCUCUGCAGACAGCACCCCAGUCAGGUCAGUUGUGUUGGCUGUAAACAAUCAAGCCUCCUUAAUGAGCACCGUUCACCUGGUGCCUCAGUCAGGAAGUGUGAUGCCUACAGUGAACACAAAGACAUGGAACCUUAGAGAGACGGUGCCCUUACCCAGGUUGGGCCUGGAUCCUGUUAGUACCGGAAUACAAGUAAAUUUGGAAAGUAUAACCUCUGGUCAAAACUCAGGAGACCCCACAGAAAAGAACAGCACCUCUACCAACAUUCAGACUGAUAUUUCUUACCUUUCGAAGAGCUUCACCCCAGGGAGCACAUGCAUCUUGAGUGAGUCCUCAGUUUCAUCAUGCUCCCAAACAGACAUCAGUGUUAGUGCUCAGGUCCAACUUCCAGUCAGCGUUGAGACCCAGACUUUUCCUUCACAGUCCAAAGUAACAUCCUCCAUUGGAGCACAGACUUGCCUGCCUACCUAUAAUAUUACUAGGGAAACACAGACUUGUGCCAGCCUAGGUGUUACUGAGGACAGAGGUCAGAUGGACCAGGCUAUAAUGUGCACAGACCUUUUUGAUAGCAGUUCCCUUAGUGUGUCAACACAGACCACCGUGAAAGAGAGACCUUUCAGAACAGACGCUGUGGAAGAAUCUUUGAACUGCAGUAGUUCCGGUCUCUAUGACCAUAAGUCAGUAGGUGUCAUGUGUUUUGGUUCUCAGACAGAACUGCUCCAAACAAAUGCCAUGGCCGACAACCAGACUCAGACUAUGGCAUUAUUCAAUGACCUGGAGAACAUUCUGUCCCACUCAAUGACCAGUAGCCCUCUGUCUAAUGCCACAGUGGUCUGUGAACCAGGUCUGACAUCUGUCCCGGAACAUAAUGCCAGCAUUGACUUUGAUUUUGAGGAGUUUUUAAAUGCUGCACACAUUCAGACUCAAACAGAGGAAAGUGAACUUGGUACUUUGACCUCUGAGACACCUUUGGAAUCCCUAGACAUCGAAACUCAAACUGACUUUCUGUUUCUCGAUUACCCGGCCCAGAACGACAAUAAUCCUAGGCCUCAAUCAAAUUAUCUUGGGCUAGAGACGUUUGACACCCAGACUCAAACGGAUCUCAACUUCCUCUUGGACACAAAUGACCCCGUUCCUCUGGGGAACUUUCUCAAACAAUCGGGCUUCUCAAUGAGUAUUGAGGCCUCAGACUCAGAGACACAUAAACCUGUCCAGGCUGUUUCUCCAGCCAGUGCUCAGGACAGCCAGAUAAAACUCAGCAGCACGGAAACGCAAACCGUGAGCAGCUCUUUUGAGAGCUUGGGCCACUUGUUCUUGACCAGCAAUGAGACUCAGACAGUAAUGGAUGACUUCCUGAUGGCCGACCUCGCCUGGAACAUGGAUUCCCAUUUCAGCUCUGUGGAAACGCAGACAUGUGAGGAACUGUGUUCUCUCAGCACUCGGAGAAACGCAGCAGCGGAAUGUUUGUCGCUCUGAUCUAGUUUGUUGGGACGGCCAAACUUCUGGGGUUGGUGAUGGCAGUCAGGUCAUUUAACAGGGCAUGUUGUAACAUAAACUCUAUCUGCAAAGCGUGAGGAAGAGUGAGCCUUUAUGUUCAAUUUACCACAUUUUCAGUGCACAUUCCACCAAAUUUGUUUGCCAUACUUUUUAUUUAUUUCAAUUUUUAAAUACCUCAGCUGAAUCAUUUGUGUGUGCCCAAAACAGAAAAUGCUUUAUGGCAUGUUGGUUGAAAAUGUUGUACUACUUCAAACACAGAACACUAAUUCUACCAAGCUUUCCAGUGGAGGUGUGUUUUCUCUUUUGAGAUGCACACCUUUAUCUGUGCCACCACAUUUAAGGUUCUGCAUGUCUCUCACUGGUACGCAAGUCUUGCCUGCUUGAGCUAUGCGAUUGCCAGUGCUUGUCUUGUAUAUUGUAACAGAACCACCUUGUAUUAAGACGUCAGUAUAGACCAUUCAUAUUCUGAUUAAUGCUGUCUAAUGCAGCACGGUGUACUGAAGGAGUAGCAUUAUUAAAACCAACAGGGUUUCAACUUCCUGAGUAAGAUUGUGGUUGGAGAUCCUUCUAGCAGGACUAUGAGGAAUAGUGACUGACCAGAGCUGGUCUUCUUAUUUGAAGAUAUCAGGAGAGUCAUUUGUCAGCAUGCUGAAAGAAUGUUUUCCUUUUCUUGCAUGAUGUUUGUACUGUGUGUGUGUGUGUGUGUGUGUGUGGAAACACUGUUGGUUGGAUUUUAACUAAAAUUGCAAGGGGAUAUUUAUAAAAUGCAAAUUUCUGUGUGUUCUGCCAAAAUCCAGUCUUCAUUUGCAUCUUGAUUAUUCAUCAAUAAGUGAUGCAGUUGUAUUCACUUUAGAAAAUUUAUAGACCACAAGUUAUGAUACAGAAACACAAUAAUUGUUUGGAGAACUGAUAGAUUUUUUUUUCCUCCACCAAACUUGUGGUCUACAUACCUGAUGUGUUCCCUUGUUAAAGAUUAGUUUUCUUUUGGUGCCUUAUCUCAGGUGUCUGCUUUGUUCCUAGUGUUCCCUUUUUGUUUACGGUGUUUGACAGAAAUACACUGUGCUGCUACUUUACAGAGGGAUCCAGACUCAUGAUGAAUGUAUAGAUAUAUUUAAGUUUACGACUGAAGACUGACUAAUGUUAAAAAAAAAGGGGGGGGGGGAUUUCUUUCUUGCCAUCCUGCUUUUCUUGUAUGUUACUUUGUUUGGAAAUCACAAUUUAAAAGAUGUCACUACAGAAGAAACGGCUUAUUCAUUUCUGGCUUUCCUGUCUGGCAACAGGAGGCAGAUUCUGCUGCAUCUGAAAAUCAAAGGAAUGGACCUUGUUCAUACUGGCAAUCCCGUUAUUACUUUCUUGGCUGUGUGUCGAUGUUUCUGUGCCCUUGGGGUCCCCUGGCUGUUGACAGUGGUAAUGCAUCUCACGCUGUCCUAAAAUAUUUGAGAGCUAUUUUUGUUUAGAUUUCGUUUAGUGCAAUAUGUGCAGAUUCCAGGAAUGUUAUGCAAAUUUGUGAUGCACAGUGUCCUGUUUUCAUGAGAUUAUGAACUAAACAUACAAGUUAUCUCUCCAUUAGAGAAUAUGUCUAUAAACGUAAAAUCUCAAGUGUUCCAGUUCUGAGAGGCUAAAAAAUGUUAUUCUUUAGACCUCAUAGGUAAAUCCGGGACAUUUGUGACACUAUGUAUAAAACAAUUCAUGGUUCCAGUUUAAGUUGUUGCUGCUUUCGUUGUUAUAAUUAACAAAAACAGUUUUAGUCUUACUACAGGAUUGUACAUAAACUGGAAGGAGAGAUCUACUUUAUAAUCAAUUUAGUGCUUUUUUUUUCCUCUGGCCAAUGCAUGUGCCAGUUUUUUGUGUUUUUAUGUUCAGCUUGUCUUAACUUGUGUUGCCUAAAUGUGAAGCGGGUUAGGCAGUUACAGCAGUACCUUUUUGUACAUCAGCAGCACUGUAUGUUCAGUUGUGAAAGCUAUGCAGUAGAUGCACAAUAAAUUAAUUUCUAAUAGAGAA